ACAGCCUGGCCACGCCCCUCUAUUCCAGUUCCGCUCGCUCAGUCCAGGGGCCAGGCGCGGGGCGGAGCCGGAGGCCCGAGCCAAGAUGGCGGCUGCGAAACCAACCCUCACGGACUCGCUCUCGUUUUGCCUCGCGCAACUCACAGCGGCGGCCGGGGAGGGCCCGGGUGGGGGAAAGGACCCAGCUACCAACGAGACACCCCUGGGUCGCGCGCUCUUAGCUCUUCGCACGCGCCACAUCAAGGCAGCAGGGGGAAUCGAGCGCUUCCGGGCACGCGGCGGGCUCCGCCCCCUUCUUGCGCUGUUACGGCGAGCGGCUGCAGCGGACUCCGCCCCGUCCCCGGCAGGCUCCGGCUCCGCCCCCUCGCCGGUUGCGUCAGCUGCUUCUAUUCCCGCCCCCUCCCCUGGCCCCGCCCCUGCCGCUGUGUCGCCUUCGACUCCUUCGCCGCCAGUGCGCUUGCGCAAGACGCUGGACUUGGCUCUCAGCAUCCUAGCCAACUGCUGUACGGAAGGGGCGUGCCGGGCUGAAGUGCGCAGACUCGGAGGCAUUCUCCCCUUAGUAACUAUUCUUCAGUGUGUGAAGACAGACAGCAUUCAAAACCGAACAGCUCGUGCUCUGGGGAACUUAGCCAUGGAACCCGAGAGCUGUGGGGAGAUCCACUCUGCUGGUGCUGUUCCCUUGCUUGUCGAGAGCCUGACUGCUUGCCAGGACUCACAGUGCCUGCAGAGUGUGGUGCGCGCCCUCCGCAACCUGGCAGACUCACCCCAGCACCGCUUGGCCCUGGCACAGCAGGGAGCAGUGCGCCCACUGGCUGAACUCCUGGCUGCUUCACCAGACCCUUCCCUGACCUCUGCCCUGGUCCGUGCCCUCCUAGAACUCAGCCGAGGCUGUUCUCGGUCCUGUGCUGAGCAGCUAAGUCUGGGUGGGGGCCUGGGCCCACUUGUCAGCAUGGCUUCUCAUCCCAAAUGGGCAGUACGUGAGGCAGCCAUCCUGAUCCUUGCCAACCUGUGUGCCCAGGGCCUGGUGCGGCCUGCACUGGGCAAUGCUGGUGGUGUGGAGGUGUUACUUGGUGAGCUGCGGCGACGCCGGGAUCCCAACGGGGCCAGCCCAAUUUCACAGCAGCCCCUGGUGCGGGCUGUGUGCCUCCUAUGCCGGGAGGCCAUCAACCGAGCCCGACUACGGGAUGCUGGUGGUUUAGAGCUUCUGAUGGGCCUGCUGCGGGACCCUCGGGCCAGUGCCUGGCAUCCACGUGUUGUAGCUGCUCUUGUGGGCUUCCUUUAUGAUGCUGGGGCCCUAGGCAGGCUACAGGCUCUAGGACUUGUACCUCUCCUGGCUGGGCAGCUGUGUGGUGAGGGUGGUGAUGAGGACGAAGACGGAAGAGAAGCUGCUUCCUGGGACUUUCCUGAGGAACGGACCCCUGAGCGGGCAGAGGCAGGAAGCUUCCGGAGCCUCAGGUCCUGGCUGAUUUCUGAGGGCUAUGCUGCAGGCCCUGGAGACAUCUCUCCUGACUGGUCUCCUGAGCAUUGCCCACUGCCAGAGCCUUCGGAGCCAGUCAGUCCCACCCCCAGUGCAGCUGGGGCCUCAAUACGUACACCCCGCACCCUGCGUACACCCCGCGUGCAGGGCCGCAGCCCUGUGGCUGCUGCUGAGGAGCCUUGGGGUCAGGAAGGGCCAGCGCUGCUGUUGCUGUCGCGCUUCUCCCAGGCUCCCGACCCCAGUGGGGCACUAGUGACUGAACCGGCUCUGUGUGGCCUGUUGGCCUAUGUGACAGGUGCACCAGGCCCUCCAAGCCCACGUGCACUACGCAUCCUGGCCCGCCUCACCUGCAACCCUGCCUGCCUUGAGGCCUUCGUGCGCAGUUACGGUGCAGCACUGCUGCGUGCCUGGCUAGUGCUUGGCGUUGCACCAGAUGACUGGCCCACACCUCGUGCCCGGCCUGUACGCCGAAGCCAACACCGAGAGCUAGGUGAAAUGCUGCUGCAGAACCUGACUGUACAGGCCGAGUCACCCUUUGGAGUUGGUGCCCUCACACACCUACUGCUCUCUGGGAGCCCUGAGGACCGUGUGGCCUGUGCACUGACCCUACCCUUCAUCUGUCGGAAACCCUCUCUGUGGCGCCGGCUACUUCUGGACCAGGGCGGCCUCCGUCUCCUUCUCACAGCACUUACUCGGCCAGCUCCACACCCACUGUUCCUCUUCUUUGCUGCAGACUCCCUUUCCUGCCUGCAAGGGCUGGUGUCUCCUGCUGUGAGCCCAACUUCUCCACCUGCAAUCCCCACGGACCUGGAGCCACCUUCCCCUUGCCUCUAUGAGCCUCUGCUGGGCCCAGCCCCUGUCCCAGCCCCUGACCUGCACUUCCUCCUGGACUCUGGCCUACAGCUCCCUGCUCAGAGGGCUGCCUCAGCUUCUGCCUCCCCCUUCUUCUGGGCCCUGCUGUCUGGCAGUUUUGCUGAAGCCCAGAUGGAUCUGGUGCCACUGCGAGACCUGUCCCCUGGUGCAGCCUGGCCUAUUCUGCAUCAUUUGCAUGGCUGCCGUGGCUGUGGGGCUGCCCUGAAGUCCAUGCCCCUGCCAGGCCAACCCCUCCUGGGCUCUGAGGCUGAGGAGGCACUGGAGGCUGCUGGCCGUUUCUUACUGCCCAGGCUGGAGGAGGAGCUGGAGGAGGCUGUGGGCCGCAUCCACCUGGAUCCCCAGGGUGGUCCAGAGUCAGUGGGUGAGGUGUUCCGCCUGGGCCGGCCCCGGUUGGCAGCCCAUUGUGUGCGCUGGACGCUGGGGCCAGGCCAGUGCCCGAGGAAGCGGGCCCUGGCCCUUGUGGGACUUGUAGAGGCAGCAGGUGAGGAGUCCGGACCCCUGACUGAGGCUUUGCUUGCUGUGGUAAUGGGGACUGAGUCAGAGAGCAAAGGUUCCAGCCUUGACUGCUGAUGUCCCCCGAGAGAGAACCCCAGGAUGGGCUAGCUGUGAAAGAGGACUCCCUCAGAGGGGCCUGAGAGGGACCUGAGAUGAGGCUGUGUGGAGUCAACAUUGAGGACUGAAAAGAGGCAGAACUGGACUCCAGGACGAUGAUCUGAAGACCAAGGACUAAAACACCAGGCCAGGGUCUGGUUGUGGGGCUCAAGAGGAGAAGCGCUCAGGGGCCCAGGUACUUAGCCUGGCCCAGCCCAGCCCCAUGGAGUUGAGAUUAAAAACUUCUU